UGGUAGAAUGUUUGUGAGUAAUCUCUAGACAGUGAAAAUCAAUUCACUUAAUCUAAUCUGUAAACAGAUAAUCUGUAAAAAUGAGUGUUCUCUUAGCAAGGAAGAGUUCUCCACACUUUCUGAUAGAAGAGCUCAUGAAAGGUCACUUCUUGUUUGCUCGUUUUUGUAAUGUAGAUUUCAUCUGUACUGAAGGGUGACAGUCCUUCCUUUUAGCAAGAUAUAUAAAACUUAGAUCAGUGACGCUCCUGUUUGAGAUUCUUCUGGCAAAAUGUUAAUGUACAAAAAAACCUUACAGCAGAAAAAAUACUGCCAGGUUGUCCUGCUGAGCUAUAGAUGCACAGGGCUUUUAUGUGUAAAAGUGUGGUGAAAACAGCUGCAGUAGCCUCACAUGUCUUUAGGGGAAAAUACAUGUGGGGUUUUGACUUAAGUUAAUUUGUCCCAAGCUUAGGUUGCUUUAAUUAUGAACACAGAAAGUACUUCUUUGAGUACUAAUGUUAGGAACCAGUAUUAAUUCUCCUGCAGUACAAUUCUUCCUGAAUUUCUUCCUCACUGAGCUCCAUUCCUCAAGGGGAAGGAAUUCUUUUCAGAAGUAGCAGCAGACUUUAUAAUGGUCUCAUCUAAACCUUUUCAGAGUAACAUAUUUGUAUGUCAUCAAGAAGGCAUUAGAAAAAUAAUUGUACGCUGUAACUUGUAAUAAAAUACUCAGUAGAAUGAAAUUGAGUUAACCAUGCCGUUGUAGUUCUGCACAAUUCAGUGCUGUGAGGUGAAAAAACUGUCAUAGUUGACCAAAACCAAAUUUUCUAAACUUGGAAUCUCUUAUUCUAAAUAAGGGAGUGUAUCAGACUAUAGCUGAUUUCUAUCCUGUCGGAAAAUAGACUAUAUAAAUUAGCAUUAAUAUGAUAAGUGUAUCUGGAAGCAAGUAGGAAUCUGUAUUUUGGGAGGUAUGUUGUUUAACUUCCCUCUUUCUUCCUCCACGUAUAGUAGUUAUUUUUGAAUGGAGUUUCAAAAUUUGAUCAUUUCUAGGUUGGGUGCUUAGCAAGGUUGGUGAUGGAGAACAUGCUGAAUGGAUCAGGAAGGCUGUAAUGAGUUGAAAAGAAUGUGAUUUCAUCAGUGGGUGUUUCUGAGUUUGGCCUUUCUGACCAUCUGUGGUAUCCCAAAGUUUUUGGCAGGGGGAAAAAAGUUUUAAGGUGUUUUUGGAAGGUCAGGGAUUGCAGGUGUGAUGUAGUGUUCAUUUCAAGUGUUUGCGUGUACCCUUAUUUGGAUUUAAAUAACAUCGCUCUAGAUUUCUCUUAAAAUUAUAGUCCUUUUACUGUCAAAGAACAUAAUUGAUUCUAUUUAUUGCAGGCAGCCUUCCAAAUUUGGAAGUGUACACAGAAACACAAGCUGCCAACUAUACUUCAAAACUGUUUCUGUUUACAUUUUUGCUUUCCAAAUCCAAACCCUGGAGGCGUGCUUACAUGUGCAAGUAAAAUGAAUGUGCACACAGAAUGACUAUAUGCACUGUUCCAGCACAUGUCUGUACCCCAGUUUAAAACAAAAGCUGCUGUUUUGGUGCAGUUGCUCUAAAAAGAGUGUAGGUUUUGGGGUGUCCUGUUUGGACCGUUUGCAAAUCUUUAAAGAAAUGGUAUUGAGUUGUUGUUUAACAUUUGAAAUUAUUUAAAAAGCCAAGGCUGACAUUUAUUUUGAAAAGAUACUUGUCUAAAAGGAUUUAAUAUGUGUGUGUCCCAGCCAUGCCUCUGUUUCUUUAUUUGCAAUUAUUGGUGGGGAGGGAGGAAAAAGUUGCAGUGGAAGGAACCACCAUUCUUGAAGCUGAACUAGCUCAGCACUGCUGCAGUCAUGCUCACUCCCCUGUGUGGACACUGGUGUUCCUCUGACUCCAUGAUGAUCUCAAUAAGGCAGCUAAACCAGCAGAAGCUAGCCCAAGAAAGGAAAAGUUUACUCAUACGAAUCACUGCUUGAAAGACUUCCAGUACAGAGUUAUCUAAAGACUUAAAAAUGCCUCCACGACCAUCAUCUGGUGAACUAUGGGGCAUCCACUUGAUGCCACCGAGGAUCCUUGUGGAGUGUCUUCUCCCAAAUGGAAUGAUAGUGACUCUAGAAUGCCUCCGUGAGGCCACCUUACUAACUAUUAAACAUGAACUCUUCAAAGAAGCGAGAAAAUACCCUCUCUAUCAGCUCCUUCAAGAUGAAUCUUCUUACAUUUUUGUAAGUGUUACACAAGAAGCAGAAAGAGAAGAAUUUUUUGAUGAAACACGGAGACUUUGUGACCUGCGACUAUUUCAGCCUUUUCUAAAAGUCAUUGAACCAGUAGGUAACAGAGAAGAAAAGAUUCUUAAUAGAGAAAUAGGUUUUGCUAUCGGCAUGCCUGUCUGUGAAUUUGACAUGGUUAAGGAUCCAGAAGUACAAGACUUCAGAAGAAAUAUUCUUAACGUUUGUAAAGAAGCAGUGGAUCUUCGAGAUGCCAAUGCACCACAUAGUAGAGCGCUAUAUGUCUGUCCUCCAAAUGUAGAGUCUUCACCUGAGCUACCCAAACAUAUAUACAAUAAACUAGAUAAAGGGCAAAUUAUAGUGGUGAUAUGGGUAAUAGUCUCACCAAACAAUGAUAAGCAGAAAUACACCUUAAAAAUCAAUCAUGACUGUGUGCCUGAGCAAGUUAUUGCUGAAGCAAUUAGGAAGAAAACGCGAAGUAUGUUGCUGUCAUCUGAACAACUGAAACUUUGCGUCUUGGAGUACCAGGGCAAAUAUAUUUUAAAAGUGUGUGGCUGUGAUGAAUACUUGCUAGAAAAAUAUCCACUGAGCCAGUAUAAGUAUAUAAGAAGCUGUAUAAUGCUUGGUCGCAUGCCCAAUCUGAUGCUGAUGGCUAAGGAAAGCCUAUAUACCCAGCUGCCGCUGGACACCUUUACAAUGCCAUCUUAUUCCAGGCGUAUCUCUACAGCUACACCCUACAUGAAUGGAGAAGCUACAGCCAAAUCCCUCUGGACUAUAAAUAGCGCUCUCAGAAUAAGAAUCCUCUGUGCAACCUAUGUAAAUGUGAACAUUAGAGACAUAGACAAGAUCUAUGUUAGAACAGGUAUCUACCAUGGAGGGGAACCAUUGUGUGACAACGUGAAUACUCAAAGGGUACCUUGUUCUAAUCCCAGAUGGAAUGAAUGGCUAUUGUAUGACAUGUACAUUCCUGAUCUUCCACGUGCUGCUCGGCUCUGCCUUUCUAUCUGUUCUGUUAAAGGCCGGAAGGGUGCUAAAGAGGAGCACUGUCCAUUGGCUUGGGGAAAUAUAAACAUGUUCGAUUACACAGACACUCUUGUAUCUGGGAAAAUGGCUUUGAAUCUUUGGGCAGUACCUCAUGGGCUGGAGGAUUUGUUGAAUCCUAUUGGUGUUACUGGAUCGAAUCCAAAUAAGGAAACUCCAUGUUUAGAGCUGGAAUUUGAUUGGUUUAGCAAUCCUGUAAAGUUUCCAGAUAUGACGGUGAUUGAAGAGCAUGCCAAUUGGACUAUAUCACGUGAACUGGGGUUUAACUACAGCUAUGCAGGGCUGAGUAACAGAAUAGCUAGAGAUAACGAAUUAAGAGAAAGUGACAAGGAACAACUGCGAGCCAUAUGUACACGAGAUCCUUUGUCUGAAAUCACUGAGCAAGAGAAGGACUUCCUCUGGAGCCACAGACACUAUUGCGUGAAUACUCCAGAAAUUCUGCCCAAAUUACUUUUGUCUGUUAAAUGGAAUUCUAGAGAUGAAGUGGCCCAGAUGUACUGUUUGGUAAAAGAUUGGCCUCCAAUCAAGCCAGAGCAAGCAAUGGAGCUUUUGGACUGUAAUUAUCCAGAUCCAAUGGUGCGAGCUUUUGCAGUUCGGUGUCUAGAGAAGUACUUGACAGACGACAAACUGUCUCAGUACUUAAUCCAGCUAGUACAGGUUCUGAAAUAUGAACAGUAUUUAGAUAAUCAGCUUGUGAGAUUUUUACUUAAGAAGGCACUGACCAAUCAAAGGAUAGGACACUUCUUCUUUUGGCAUUUAAAGUCCGAAAUGCACAAUAAAACUGUAAGUCAGAGGUUUGGUUUACUUCUGGAGUCCUAUUGUCGAGCGUGUGGCAUGUACCUAAAGCAUCUGAGCAGGCAGGUGGAGGCUAUGGAGAAGCUGAUUAACCUCACAGAUAUUCUCAAGCAGGAAAAAAAAGAUGAGACCCAGAAGGUACAGAUGAAGUUUCUUGUUGAACAAAUGAGACGGCCAGAUUUUAUGGAUGCUUUACAAGGUUUUAUCUCUCCUCUUAAUCCUGCACAUCAACUGGGAAAUCUUCGGCUUGAGGAGUGCAGGAUAAUGUCAUCUGCAAAAAGGCCACUGUGGUUGAACUGGGAAAACCCAGAUAUUAUGUCUGAAUUGUUAUUUCAGAACAAUGAGAUAAUCUUUAAAAAUGGAGACGACUUGCGUCAGGACAUGCUGACACUUCAGAUAAUUAGAAUUAUGGAAAACAUCUGGCAAAACCAGGGUCUUGAUCUUCGGAUGUUGCCUUAUGGUUGUUUGUCUAUUGGUGACUGUGUGGGACUCAUUGAGGUGGUGAGGAGCUCUCAUACGAUCAUGCAAAUUCAGUGUAAAGGAGGCUUGAAAGGAGCGUUGCAGUUCAACAGCCAUACAUUGCAUCAGUGGCUCAAGGACAAGAACAAAGGAGAAAUGUAUGAUGCAGCUAUUGACUUGUUCACACGUUCUUGUGCCGGCUACUGUGUCGCUACCUUUAUACUGGGCAUUGGUGAUCGCCACAAUAGUAACAUCAUGGUAAAAGAUGAUGGACAACUGUUUCACAUUGACUUUGGGCACUUCCUCGAUCACAAGAAGAAAAAAUUUGGUUAUAAAAGAGAGCGUGUGCCAUUUGUCUUAACACAAGACUUUUUAAUAGUGAUUAGUAAAGGAGCCCAAGAAUGUACCAAAACAAGGGAGUUUGAAAGGUUUCAGGAGAUGUGUUACAAGGCUUAUCUAGCAAUUCGGCAGCAUGCCAAUCUCUUCAUAAAUCUUUUCUCCAUGAUGCUUGGCUCAGGAAUGCCAGAACUGCAGUCCUUUGAUGAUAUUGCAUACAUUCGAAAGACCCUUGCAUUGGACAAAACUGAGCAGGAAGCUCUUGAGUACUUCAUGAAGCAAAUGAAUGAUGCUCACCAUGGUGGCUGGACAACAAAAAUGGACUGGAUCUUCCACACAAUAAAGCAACAUGCUUUGAACUGAAAUGAAAGCAAAGACGACAGGAACUGAUAGCCCGCUUUGUGGGUACUGCACUGUUAAUACCCGUUAGCAGCAAAGACUGGUUGCAUAGGAAUUGCACAAACCACGAACAACAUUAGAAUUUAUGGCAAGAAAAGAGAUGAACUGUUUGGACAACUGUCAAAAAUGUAAAACAGGGUUUCAGAUAGCACUAAAGUUGUACACUUCAAAAAUUAAGCUUUAGUAUGAUGUGUGACUUAAUGUUAUGCCUUAAGCCCAAAAAGGUAAACUUGGAAGAAUGUUUCCUUUUUUUAUUUGAUAGGAUAACUUAGAAGGAAAAAGAAAAUAGUGCUAGCAUGAACAUAGAUCCCAUCACAUUACCUUAGAUCUGGUACAGCAGGUAGAGACUAUGUUGGACUGAGAAGAGUGGAAAGAGAAUUCAAGUGAUGGUGAAUAUUUAAAUGCAGCGUAGUUUGAAUGGAAGGAGUUUUAAGCUCAAAGAUCUAAAAACAAAAGUGAGAGGACAGUGCCUUUUAAAUGUGCUCAGAGGCAUUAACAUUUAUGGGGUUUAGAUGACCCUUUGAUUUCUGGGUCCGUUAUCUGCACAGUUUCUGAAAGCAGUAGGAAGUAGGCCCAUUCAGUAUGGUGUUUCUUCUGCUCAGUAUUUCUAGGGGUGCAAUUCAUACCUUCACAAAGAAACUUCCUAUCAUCCCCAAAAACUGACUAACCUGGAAAUUGAAUGGUCAGAAUUGGGUUUAGUGCAACAGAGAGUUGUAGUGUUCAUCUUAGGUUUGCUUUAAUCUAACUUGAACUGAAUAGAUUUUUUUCAUACAUGUUUUCCAGAGCCUAAAGAAAGGUGAGUUAUUAAAAUUAUUGAAAGAUUAUUUUUUUAUAAAGGCUAUUUAUAUAAUAGGAACUAUUAUUAAUAUAUAUUCUUUAUUUACAUGAUUUGUCCAAUAUUCACUCUUUUAAUUUUGCAGCCCAGUUCUAUCUGUCCAAGACUCCCGUUUCCAUUAACGUCACUGAAGGUGACCAGAUAUACUCCUAGGACCAAAUUCAACCCUGGUGAAAGAGGACACAAGUACCAUUGAAGUAGUGGGAGAUAUACCCACUAAUGCCAGAGGUGAACUUGGCCUAAGUCUCUUCAAAAAAUUUUUGGGCAUCACUCUUCACAUUACUGAAGUGAUAUACUGGCUAUUCAAGGAACGUACAUUUAAACCCUCAAUCUUUGGGUCCACCAUUUCUCCUCUUUCUUCCUCCUUUGGAAGUGAUUGCUUAAUCCAGUAACAGAUACAUCAGAAAUAGCAAUUUAGAUUUUCAAUAUGAUCAAUAAUAAGCAGUUCAACAUACAGCAGAUACGUUGGCUAGCUCAAAGCAUGUGGAGUUACCAAACAUUUUAUAGCUUUGUCUGUUUUGUGUGUGUGCGCGUGUAUAUAUAUUUGUAAAUCUAGUUGUUGUCCUCUAACACAAUUACGAUGUGUGCAAUCAGUUAAAUUGGCACCACUUUUUGAAACUGUUCAGAGUACUGAGGAUUUCAGAUUGCCCUUAUGCACAACUUCAGGUAGGACUGUUUUUCUAAUUAUUAAACAGGUUUUUUAAUUAGUGAAGCCCAUGAUCCCAAGGGUGGUGUUCACCCUAACAUUUUAAACUUGCUAGAUUGGCAGCACUUGGAGUGAAUUCCAAAGGUCUGGGGCUUUCGGGGGUUCAGCUUGUUCACUUGCAAACACGCACCGAGGUGCCACUCAGAAAGUGCAAUACCACAUGUAAUAUAAAAUAUGCUGACAGCUGGUGUUAGAUUAGAAUAUAAGUAUAUAAAUAAACUGUACUUUGUGCAGGCUGUACUGAUGAGGUAAUGAGUGGUUGGCUUCAUUUAGCAAAUUGUAAUAUAUUAAAAAUGUGCAAUCAAUUACAUUAUGAAAGACUUUGGGGAUUGUAAAGCCAAGACUUUGGUCUUUCCAGACACUUUCAUAGUCAAGAUCCUGCAGUUGAUUACUGCACACCUGGAUACUUGAUGUUGUGGGGGGAAACCUGUUUUUGUGAAAACUACAGAAGUUCCAAGAAUUUUGAGGAAUGUGAAGUUUUAUUUCCUUAGUUCUACUAAAUGUUUUGGAGUAGUCCAACAGACUUCACAUUACUCUUUUUGACUGUUACGUAUUUCUUUUUGUUCAUACGAAUAUUUUAACUCCUGCUAACCUUGGUCAUACUUUCUAGAGCAAAAUUACCCUUGUAUGAAUAACUUUGCAGUCAACGCACUCUAAUGGUUUAGCUCUUUUAAAACAUGGCUUAGUUGCAACUUAAAUUUAGUUCACGAAAUCUGAAACCCUGUUGGCUGUAACUCUUAACUGAGUAAAACUGUUGCACAAAUGCCACAUUAGGUGCUACAUUAUCCUUAUUUAUCUGGUAUUGAAACAAUGCUUUACCUCGUUUUCUCUAAGAGAUGGUCAGCCUCUUUCAGCCUGGAUGAAAAGAUCAACUCAAAUUUAUUGGAUGUUAUGAGCCCACCUUCUUUUGUACUUUGUCCCUUCCUAGCCAUUUACUUCUGUAAAUAUGACUAUAAAUGUCUUUCAGUUCAAGCAUGCAGUGUUCUGCACCCUUUUUGCACAAACAGAAAGGUAGGAGGAAUCAGGCUCUGUUUCUAAAAAUUACUGCAACUAAAUGCUGUGCACAAGCUGUAGAAGUUAUGAACAUCAAAUAGUAAAAGAAAGGAAACUUCAUAGUGAUACAGACAUAAUAUGAUUUGGGAUAAUUAUAGCCUUUAAAUUAAAAAAAAAAAAAGUAGGAGAAGCACAUGGGCUACAAGCGAUUGUUCUUACCAUAAACAGGAUGGGCAUUUGAAAAACAUUCUGUCAGUGUUUCAGGGGGAAAAAAAAAAUAAUCCUUUUUUUCAGCUUCAAAGUGUUCAACCCUAAUUACCUUAUCCUGUUAUGCCAGUUUUGUGCUGAUGUAACUUCACUGAAGAUAGUGGAGGUACUAUUUACUUAUGUUGGUGUAAAUGAGAGGAUGUCAUCUGUUCUCAGUGUCAGAAAUAAGAUCUGCUUACAGACUGCAAAAGUACCUGUAACUGAGCUCUAGAUUUUUACAGAGAUUGCUUGGAAUUUGGAUUUUUAUUUUUAACUAUUCCCACUUCAUGGAGAUUUGAAAAUGUUCCCUUUAUUCUGGGAAUCAGCUGCACAAAACACUAAGUAGCUUAUUUUGAGCUUGAAUUGAAUCCAAACACCUUGCUCCUGCAAAACUUUGUAGUAGCACUACCAGAGCAAGGACCCCAGGGUUAGGCCAUAUGUUUUAUUACAAAGCAUUAGGAAAUGGUGAUUUAGUGAAAUACAAAUUUAAAAACAGUAGAUUUUUCAGCUGUGAAACUGUGUUUGAUUUAAUGACAGAACAGGCUGCUGCUGAUUAGUUUUUCUUAAAAAUAUAUUCUUUGCUUUCAUAAAGGUAGCAGAAAAAGCACCUGUACUGACUUUACAUAUGCACACUUUUCUGUUCUAAAAGGGUGCAUCAGUAGUUUGUUUUUUUUAUAGGUAAAACAAUUUCAGUAUAACUUCUAAAAUUAAAGAAAAGCAUUUAAAUAAAACCAAAAUUGUUAGUGGUUUGGCAUCUUGUGGAGAAGAUAUAAGCCUGCAUAUUAAGGGCAAUAUAGAAAUUACCAAGCUUGUAAAGAAUUUUGUAUGUGAUGACCCUACUGUUGGUGGUUUGGAGGGUUGUUUUAGGUUUUUUCCAACUUUCCUUUUUAUGUAAAAUAUUAAAUGCCCUUCAGUGGUCAGUGGCCCAUGUUUGAUGACAAUUUGAAGGUAUUUUCUUUGCUUUGUCAUUUUAUAACUGGCAUGUUCCAACGUCUGUUCUUAAUAAUUGUGAAUUCCUCCUGUUUUGCAUGUCUGUACAGGUUGCAGACCUGGGCUGGACCCAUUCAAAAAACAAAUAUCAAAAAAGCCACUUGAAAUUACUAUUUUGUUGAUGUCUUUGACAUCUUGAAAAUGCUUCAAGUUAAUGAAAAUGGUGUGGUAUUACAGAAAGAAUUGUAACUUGCUGCUUCUAAGACUUUUUUUUUUUUAAACUUUUCUUGUGUUUUAGUUUUACUUGAAUGGAAGAACCACACUUGUUUUUGUUUGGUUUUUUUUUAAAUAUUAUAUAGCUGUGGAUGUUGUUGCAGAUUGUUGAAUCCCAAUUUAAUUUUGCAAUACAUGUUUCAUACAAAUAAUGAAUUUGUAUCUUUUUUUGUGCUGAAAGUUGUCUCAGUUUAGGUAAGGCUCUAUCUGUCCAAAAUGAUGUGUAGCUUGCCACCCCUGCAGCUGGUGUGGGUUUUUUGGGGGUGGUUUUGGUUUCAUUUUCAUUUUUUACACCUGUGUUAAUGAAGGGAAGCCAACUGGAAAUUGGAUAUAGAAGUUCUCUAUCUGCAUACACUAACCAAAUCUAUAGGUGCUCUGGUCUUUGAGAAAUUCUGAUUUCACUUUAUGCUGAUAGAACACUGUCUUCAUCAGAAUCACUCUGGAUUCACAACAGCAUAUGAAAUCAGAAUUAGACUAUAUGUAUAUUAAAGUUCCAGAUCACUUAUUCAUAUGAUUCAGUAUGAAAGGUGUUCUCUUAAUGAGGAAUGUUUACUAGCAGCCUAGUUAAACACUUGACAAUUUUACUUUGAAAUAGUCUUUAUUAACUAGCCUUUUCAGCUCUCCAAUUCAUAACUACUAUAAUCUUGUCUAUAGUUACUUUCAUUCUUGAGACUUCCAAGAUUUUUAUUGCUUGCUAUCUUAAAUGUUUCCUCUUCCUACUCUUUCAUAGUAUAAAAACUUGAACCCACACUCAGGAAAAGUAGUUGUUCUUAAUUUGCAGCACAGUAUUCUUGAUUUCUGAGCUUUAUAGGAUAGACUCUUAAGGGUAUGAGGUCUUACUGCGUUAGCACUCCUGACUCUAAGCCAGAGGUGGAUCCCUCUGUCUCUUCCCUUCCCUCUCCAACACCCCUCUCCCCUAAAAAGCAACAUGCCCAUAGCAUAACAACAUAAAAUAUUUGUGAGGGAAGAUCAAUUGAAGCAAUGUUCUGCCUGUACUUUGAAGCUAGCAUCCCCAUUGGUUUUUAUAAAUGCGUCUUAAGUGUCCUUACUGUCACUUCUGUAUGUGAUACAAUAUUCCUUUGGCAUAAGGAAGGCCAAAAAUACACUAUUCUAUCUUGACUUUUUCUGAAAUUCUGGUGCCAGAUCCCCAGUAGCUAUUAAACUGGUUUAGGAAUCAUUUAGUUCAGUGUAACUGCAUCAGUUUUGUUAGGAACCUGUUCCAGUAAUAAAAUUAAUCACAGUUAAACCAGACUUAAUUGUAUUGCUUAAGUUAUAGAAAGCCUAAUUCAAGCAGAAGCUGUUUCUCCUAAGAAUCUUAUGUCUGUUGUAGUUUAGUUAAUCCUUGAGAGCCAAAACAUGGAUAUUCAUAGCUGCAAUCUCAUUCUGCCUUGUUUCUUUGGUUUAACUACUUCUAAUCUAUUUCCAGGCUUUAUUAAUAGUAUUCUGUAUCCUGAAUUAUCAACUGCUCCAGGCUGUCCAAAGUUGUCUUACUAUUUCAUUUGGGGCAGGGAAAGAAAAGGAAGAGAUGAAGAGAUGAAUCCUUCUCUUGUCUUGUAGCCGCUGUGGUCCAAAUUCUUCAUCUUUUCUUGUAAAGAUAAAUGUAUAAUUCAUCAUCUGGGAGUAUCAUCCUUUCCCCUUGCCCCCUCACACCUCUGCAAGUUUUAACUGUGAAUAUCCACAUACACUAUCAAAAUCCACUUCCCUGGUGAAGAAAAGGAUUUAAAUAUAUAUGGCUGCAGUCUCAUGUCCUGGAUUCUCAGGCUUGAAAUUUUGAAAGUAUUGUUGUCAUUGCAGCUGGUACCACAAUUGCAAGAAUUUUCACAGAAUUUCACAGAAUCGUUGAGGUUGGCAGAGACCUUUGGAGACCCUCUAGUCCAGCCACCCUGUUCAAAGCAGGGUCAGCUAGAGCAGGUUGCCCAGGACAUUGUCCAGUUGGGUUUAGAGUCUGUCCAAAAAAGAAGAGUCCACAGUAAAAGUGUUUUCUUAAUGUUUAUAUGAAAGGUCUUCUACUUCAUUGCUUAAUGUCCUUUUACUGGCAGCACUGAGAAGAGCCUUGCCUGCCACCUUUACUCUUCUCCAUCAAGUAUUUCUAUACAUUGCCAAGAUGCCCCUUGAGCUUUCUCUUCACCAGGCUAAACAAUCCCAGCUCUCUCAGCUUCCUCCCCUAUCCAUCAUCCUCAUGGCCCUUUGGUAGACCCAUUCCAGUAUGUCCAUGUCUGGCUUGUACUGGGGAGCCCAGCACUCCAGGUGUGGCCUCACCAGUGCUGAGCAGAGGGGCAGGAUGAAGGCUCACCUCCCUUGACCUGCUGGCGAUGCUCUUCCUAACGCAGCCCAGGAUCCCGUUGGCAUUUUGGAAAAAUAGAGCCCAGAAGGGUGUAAUCUCUUGAUGCUUAUAUGUAACUUUGUUGAAGCUGGUAGCAGUUACAUGUCGGCAUCAAAAGGGGAAUAUAAACACCCACCAGUGCUAGAAAUAUGUUUUAAAAAUGAGACAAUUAUCUUUGAAAUAACCACUAUGGGGGGUGGGGUGGGGCGGGGAUGUUGCCAUGUGUAUGUCAUUCUGUGAUAAAGGUCCUGUGGUAAAGUAGUUAGAAAGCAAGACGUUUUUAGUAGUGAUGGGCCAAAAAAGUAUUUAAGAUGCAGCAAGAUGCAUGUGUUGUCAUACUGAGAAUAGUCUUGCAGUAUUUAAAAAGAAGAAAAAAAAAAAAACCACCACAAAAAAAACCCCCACAACCCUUUUCUUCCCCUUCUGCUGUGCUACUCAAGUAACAAAAGUUUGGCCUAUGAUAAUUAUUGUAGUUCAUGUUCAUGGGAAACUGUAAAAAGUCUGCUUUUUAUUUAUCUUUGCAGUCUGUAUCACAUGCUGUUUAUUAAAAAAAACUACUUUUGUUUGGUUUUUAUCACA